CCCUACGUGUCACAGCGCCCGCGCCGGAAGUGGGCGGCGCGGCGCCGGAAGUGGCUGGCCGAAGCGGCAUCGUGGAGAAGGCGCCGGCAUGGGGCAGCCGAGGCGGUCCCGGCACCAGAAGCGCGCGCGCGCCCAGGCGCAGCUCCGCAACCUCGAGGCCUACGCCGCGCAGCCGCACUCUUUCGUGUUCGCUCGGGGCCGCGCGGGUCGCAGCGUCCGACAGCUCAGCCUGGACGUGCGGCGGGUCAUGGAGCCGCUCACCGCCACCCGCCUGCAGGUACGGAAAAAGAACUCCCUGAAGGACUGCGUGGCAGUGGCUGGGCCCCUCGGGGUCACACACUUCCUGAUCUUAAGCAAAACUGAGACAAACAUCUACUUUAAGCUGAUGCGGCUCCCAGGCGGCCCCACCUUGACCUUCCAGAUCAAAAAGUACACGCUGGUGCGUGACGUGGUCUCCUCGCUGCGCCGGCACCGCAUGCACGAGCAGCAGUUUGCCCACCCACCCCUCCUGGUGCUCAACAGCUUUGGCCCCCACGGAAUGCACGUGAAGCUCAUGGCCACCAUGUUCCAGAACCUGUUUCCCUCCAUCAACGUGCACAAGGUGAACCUAAACACCAUCAAGCGCUGCCUCCUCAUCAACUACAACCCCGACUCCCAGGAACUGGAUUUCCGCCACUAUAGCAUCAAAGUCGUCCCUGUGGGUGCCAGUCGUGGGAUGAAGAAGUUGCUUCAGGAGAAGUUCCCCAAUAUGAGCCGGCUGCAGGACAUCAGCGAGCUGCUAGCCACGGGCGCUGGGCUGUCAGAGAGCGAGGCAGAGCCAGAUGGCGAGCACAACAUCACAGAAUUGCCACAGGCCAUCGCGGGGCGCGGCAACAUGCGAGCCCAGCAGAGUGCAGUGCGGCUCACCGAGAUCGGUCCCCGGAUGACGCUGCAGCUCAUCAAGAUCCAGGAGGGGGUUGGGGAAGGCAGUGUGCUGUUCCACAGCUUUGUGCACAAGACAGAGGAAGAGCUGCAAGCCAUCCUGGCUGCCAAGGAGGAGAGGCUGCGGCUCAAGGCCCAGCGGCAGGACCAGCAGGCCCAGAACGUCCAGCGCAAGCGGGAGCAGCGAGAGGCCCACAAGAAGAAGAGCUUGGCGGGCAUGAAGCGAGCCCGGGCGAAGGACGGGGACAGUGAUGCUGAGGACCCCGGGGCUCCCCCGGAGGCAGAGGGGGCCAGCCAGGAGGAGGAGGACGAAGCCGAGUAUUUCCGCCAGGCUGUGGGCCAGGAGCCUGAUGAGGACAUGUUCCCACGGCCAGCCAAGCGGAGACGGCCUGCGGGGCCUGCAGGCAGGAAGCAGCAGGGACAGGAGCAGAGGCCCGACCGGGGUGCCAAGCCCUGCCCGGGCAACUUCUCAGGAGCAGCCGAUCGCCACCUCAGCAGGUUCCAGGAGGACUUCCUGUGGCCCGUGCUGGUGGCCGAGUUCCUGGUGGCAGUCACCGGCAACGGGCUGGCUCUGUACCGCUUCGGCACGCGGGAGCGGCGCCCCUGGCACCCGGCCGUGGUCUUCUCGGCCCAGCUGGCGGUCAGCGACCUGCUCUACGCCCUGACGCUGCCCCCGCUGGCCGCCUACUUCUACCCGCCCAAGCACUGGUGCUACGGGGAGGCCGCCUGCCGCCUCGAGCACUUUCUCUUCACCUGCAACCUGCUGGGCAGCGUCUUCUUCAUCACCUGCAUCAGCCUCAACCGCUACCUGGGCACCGUCCACCCCUUCCUCGCCCGCAGCCACCUGCAACCCAAGCACGCCUGGGCGGUCAGCGUGGCCGGCUGGGCCCUCGCAGCCCUGCUCGCCGCUCCCACCCUCAGCUUUUCCCACCUGCAAGCAUCCCUGCAGCAUGAAGGAAAGGAGGCGCAUGUCAGGUGCUUGGGGACGGCAGAUGGCAGCCGGCUGGGGGCCUACUGGGCCUACAGCCUGGUGCUGGCUGUGGUGGGCUGCGGCCUGCCGCUGCUGCUUGCCCUGGCAGCUUACGGUGCCCUGGGGAGGGCCGUGGCGCACAGCCCUGGCGUGACAGCCGCCGAGAAGCUGCACGUGGCGGUGCUGGUGGUCAGCGGCGUGGCUCUCUAUGCCGGCUCCUACCUGCCCUACCACGUCACGCGGGUUCUCAACGUGCGGGCCCGGCAGCGCUGGCAGGAGCGCUGCCCUGGCUUUGCCAAUGAGGCCCAGGCAGUAGCAGCGCUGAGCCUGGGGUCCUACCUGGGCCACCAGGUCACGCGGGGCCUCGUGCCCCUGGCCAUCUGCCUCCACCCGCUGCUCUACAUGGCCGUGGCCCCCAGCCUGGGCUGCUGCUGCUGCUGCCCCAGCCACGGCGGGAACCAAGCCACGGAGACCGACGGCCCCAGCCAGGCCCUGCCCCUCAGUGUCACAGCCACGCCAGGGACCCCGGGGCUGCAGUCCCCCAAGCCCACUCUGUGACGCUACGUGGAGCCUCCUCCCCAGCACAAGGGACUGGGCCACAGCAGCCGAACGAAGGUGGACGGCAGGGUAGGACCUCGGCAGCGGGCACUUCCUUCCGCUAGAGACUCAUGGUCCCAGAAGACAGAGCCAGCAAGAGCGGAGAGCUGAGGGUCUGAGUGGUGAGGGAUUCCCGCUCGCCCGCAGCGCUGACCACAGACGGGCCCACGUGCCAGGGGAGCUGACCCAGAGGCCCCAGGGCGGGCGGUGCCCGGGAAGGACAGGACACACACAGAGCGGGCUGAACUUUUUAUUGCUCGUGGAGCGCCCUGUUCUCGGGAGCUGCCUCCUGGGGCUGGGAGCCAGGCGGCCAGUGGCGUCCACAGCUGCCUCAGUUGGUGGACGGCCUGCAGAGGGAGAGGGGAGGCGGUGAGGAUGGCAAGUGUGGGGGCUUCAGACCCCAAAUCCCAACGGUAUCCCCUGCAUAAACUGGGGCCCCCAUGGGGAAGUGCCACGGAAGACGGGAGGGGCAGGACAAGGUGGCACCUAGGGCACAGCCGACCAUCAUGUGCCCGCUGGCCCCUCUGCAGCCCAGGCAGGAAAUAAACAGCCUUCUCCGCACCCGGCUGUGACGAGCAUGACACUGGUGCGAGACCCAGGGGGAGCGGAGGUGUCAGUGGUGGCUCCCAGGCCAGGCUGGGGCGAGAGGACAGGGCUCAGGGUCGGGCAGGGGUCUUACUUGGCCCACUCAACGUUGAGGAUGAGGUGGUCGUAGCCGAAGCCCGACACACCAGCGAUGGCACGGGCAGCGUCCUCGC